GGGCAGACCCGGAAAACGCGGACGUUGGAAAUUAGCGGACAAAAAGUCAGACAGCGCGUCCCCCCGCCCCCUCGUUGCUGGACCUCAUCUGCAGACCAGCGAGCUCCUAAGAUUUUCCCAAGAGUGUCCCGGUUUAGAGGAGGUGUGGCGAAAGGGGAGCGAGCAACAGCCAAUCCUGGGCGCCCACAGCCACUCCUUCCGCCUCAGGCUUCCAGCCCAGGCCACAGCCCACAACGGCGUGCGCUCUACUGGACGCGAAGGCAGAGGCCGCCGGCUCACCAGCUAUGGACGCCCGGGCGCCGCCGCAGCCCCCGGUCCAGAGCUGGGGGCCUCCAAGUCUCCUGCCCGCGCCCCUGGGGCUGCUGCGGCUGGACCCCACGGGCGGAGCGCUGCUGCUGCUCGGCCUGGCGGCGCUGCUCGGCUGGAGCUGGCUGAGGCGGUUCCGGCCGCCGGGCAUCCCCCCCGGGCCCACGCCCUGGCCGGUGGUCGGCAACUUCGGCUUCCUGCUCCUGCCGCCCUUCCUCCGUGGGAAGAGCUGGACGAAUCGCAGGGGGAGGGCCCCAGGCUUGGGCCCUUCCUCCAUGGGCUUGCAGGUGCUGCUGACCGACCUGGCCCGCGUCUACGGAAACAUCUACAGCUUCUUCCUUGGCCACUACCUGGUGGUCGUCCUCAGCGACUUCCACAGCGUGCGCGAGGCGCUGGUGCAGCAGGCCGAGGUCUUCAGCGACCGCCCGCGGGUGCCGCUUAUCUCCCUGGUGACCAAGGAGAAGGGUGAGCAGGGCCACUGCCGGGAGCCUGGAGUGUGGCGGGGCCGUGGGAACGCUCAGGGCUGUAGGGCUUGUGCCCUCAAUCCCCCUCGCUUCCUAGUCCGGCGCCCCUCCGCCGCACUCCUGCCUGGGAACCGAGGGGGAUGGCGGUGGGGGCGCCACCCUUUCCCCGGUGUUGAAGAUGCCAUCCAGCAGUGACUGAGUGGUAACUCAUUCAUGUUUCAAGACCCGAAGUAGGAAGCGCAUCGCAAAA